AUGUACUCUAACAGUAUUUCUCGUCAAAAGAACAAACACAAACAAAAAAUGGAUCCUUCUUUGUUCAAGUUCUCACUACCUUUACAUCAAGGCUUGAUUCUCUUGGAAACUCAAAUGGAUUUUCGAUUACCUUUCGACAUUAUGGAAGAUUAUGAAUCUGGACGAUUGUUUAAUUGGGUUGAUUUGUCUGAAAGAAAGAAACCUUCUCGAUUUGUCCGUAUCCUUCACAAUGCUUAUGUAGAACGAAAACCACGAAAAGAACCUAGUGCAGUAUGUCAAUGUAGUCCACCAAAAGAAGGUGGUCGUGCUUGUGGCGAAGAUUGUCUGAACCGAAUGAUGUUUAUUGAAUGUGAUCCUUCCACUUGCCCUUCAGGCGAACUAUGUUCAAAUCAACGUUUUAAAAAACGAGAAUUUGUCAAGCAUUUGGAAAUUUAUCUUACUGAUGGAAGAGGAUGGGGAUUACGUACAAAGGAACCUAUUCAACAAGGUACAUUGAUCACGGAAUAUCGUGGUGAAGUGAUUUCGGACAAGACAUGUCAAGAACGUAGACGGACGAUAUACAAACAUCAAACGAAUUUUUACUUUUUGGAUUAUCAUAAAGGUGAAGUCAUCGAUGCUUGUACCAAGGGCUCUGAAGCAAGAUUUAUCAAUCAUGGAUGUGAUCCUAAUUGUCAUAUUGAAAAAUGGAGUCGUCGUGGAGAAUAUCAUCUUGGUGUAUUUGCUUCCAAGAACAUUCCUGCUAAUUCAGAAUUGUUUUAUGACUACAACUUUUCUUUAUUUGAUACUGAAGCUAUUGGUCAAGAAUGUCAUUGUGGGAGUGCUAACUGUCGUGGAUUCCUUGGGAAAAGAUCAAGCAACUCAAAAAAAAUAGUAUAG